AUGAACAAAAAUGACUAGUUACAAUACUAUGUCAUUCAACUUGAAAAUUAAAAAAGAAUAAUCGUGUAUAAGGAAGAUGUGCUAUUAUUCGAUAGUAUUUCACUAGAGGAGUUGUAAUUGUAUGAUAAGAUAUGGAAACAAAAGCGAUGA